GGAAGGGGGAGCCGGGGCCGCGCCUUCCGGGCCGGCGGGAGGCGGUGCCGCUCACCUGGGGCCGGCAGCGAGCGAGGCACCGAGCGAGGCACGGAGCCGCGGCCCCGCCGGGCGGCAGGGAGGGAGGGUGUUCGCCGUCCGCCGAGCCUCCCUCCCCGCCCCCGUCUCGCCCGCCCCGCCGGGCCCCUCUCGUCGGCGGGCGGCGGCAGAGCCGCCUCGGGGCGGGCGGCGGCGGAGGUGCAGCCGGGGCGCUGCCGCCACCACCACCGAGCCGACCCCGCCGGGAACAUGGCGACCGGCGGCUACCGGGGCGCCGGGGGCAGCACCACGGACUUUCUGGAGGAGUGGAAAGCCAAGCGGGAGAAGAUGCGGGCCAAGCAGGCGCCGCCGCCACCGGGGGCGGCCGCCGUGAGCGAGCCCAGACCCACGGGGGUCGCCGCCCCGGCCGAGCCCGGCGGCGGCAGCUGCCUGCCCCCCGCCGCCCCGCCGGACCGCCCGGCGCCCCCCGCCGGCGGGGCCCUCAACUGCCUGGGCCUGGGCCGGGCCGCCCCCGCCAAGGAGCCGCCGCCGCCGCCGCCGCCGGGCCUCGCCGGGGGCCGGGGCGCUGAGCCCGCCGCCGCCUCCACCGCCGUGCCGGGCUCCCCCGAGGGCGAGGAGAAGCCGGCGGGCAAGGGCAAGGGCUCGGGGCCCAGCGCCAGGAAGGGGAAGGGGCAGAUCGAGAAGAGGAAGCUGCGGGAGAAGCGCAGGUCGACAGGUGUGGUGAACAUCCCGGCCGCCGAGAGCCUUGAUGAAUAUGAAGAUGAUGAAGCAGGGCAGAAGGAGAGGAAGAAGGAGGAUGCUAUUACUCAGCAGAACACGAUACAAAAUGAGAGUUCCAGUGCAGAUACCACUGGCUCAUACUUAUUACAGGACUCCUCCAGGGUGGUUUCAAGCAGAUAUAAAAGCACAGCUAAUGCUCCAGAAGACGAUGCUCUCAAUAGAUAUUCCCGAACAGAGAGGACAACUUAUAGCAGAUACAGCAGGGAUACAAACUCUUCUGGGAGCUCUGUACCAAGUACUGCUUUGGAAAAGAGGAUUGAGGAGCUUGAAAGGGAACUUGCAAAGGAGAGACAGGAAAAUCUGAGAUUAAUGAAGAUGACACAGGACAAAGAGGAACUAAUUGGGAAACUGAAGGAAGAAAUUGAUUUAUUAAACAGAGACCUAGAUGAUAUAGAAGAUGAAAAUGAACAAUUGAAGCAAGAAAAUAAAACCCUCUUAAAAGUUGUUGGACAGCUGACAAGGUAGAAGAUUCAAGCCUCAAUGAGGAAAGAUUUUAAAACUACUGAUUGAACAUUAAGGUCAAUAUAGUAAUACUUCCUGUGUUGCAUUAUGUUAUAAUAACUGUCUUUAUAUUUAUUUUUAGGAAACCAGAUGAAUGUUUAUUUUCAUAGUACUUUCUUCUUCAUUCAAUGAAAUGGCAUCAAAAUUGGGGUGUAUUUUCAUUUUCAUUUCUCAUAAGAAAAAUAAAAAGUUUUGACAUAUUUCAAAAUACUAAAUUCAAAAAUAUGGGGGUUUUGUAUCUUCAGAUUACAUCUGGAUAUAUCAAAGUAAUUUAAAAUUCAGAGCACCAAGAUCACUUUCAGUCCAUGUGGAUGUAUAUUUUUGAAAUGAAUAGAAGCAAUACAUACAUAUGAGCUUUGUUUACACAGAUCCAAAAUAUAUAUUUUGUGAAAUAUUUACUUUUUUGUUUCAACAUCUGUAAAGUGGAUGCCUUUUUACUGUUGUAUAACAUUUUGCAGAUUGAUUUCUUGCUCUAAAAACUCUUUUAUGUUGACUUUUUUUUUUUUUUUUUUUACUUUAUCUGAAAGACUGACAGUAGAGUAGUAGCAAUUUUUUUUGUAUAGCAGUAUUGUGGCAGGAGGGGGAGGUCUUAUUAAAAAAUAAAUAAAUCACCCGUGGUAUCAGCAUUAAUGAAUUCUUAGAAUCACAUUGAAGUUGUGCACUGCAGUUUAUUUUAAAGCUUUUGCUUUAGCAAUGAAAUGCAAUUUUACUAUCAAACAGUUUUGUUUGCUGUGUUGAGAAUACAAACAGAGCCUGGAGCUUUCAUUUUUGCAAAGACAUUUUUGCAAUACAUUUUUAUUUAAAGGUGUUGUCUUAAGGUGAUCAUAACCAAUGUGAGUUUUUUGAUGUUUCAUUUUUUAAGCUGGGUCAAAAAUUUUGUAUAUAGCGAAGUAGAGAGGAAUAAGAGAUUAAUGCAUUUUUGAAACAUCAUAUGCUUAAAAAAACACUUUUAUCCUUGAUUUUAAACUAACAAAGUGUUUAAGAAGUGCCUGUUUAGAUGUUACAGUCCACUUACGAGCACAUACUGAUUCUUCUAUAACAUGACAGUAGACAAAAUUCUCAUUUUACAUAAACCACAGACAAUUGACAAUUCCAUUCCUAAAAUUCUUAUUAGACAGAAAUUUGACGUACUUUAUUUCAUAUUAAUACAACAUAUAUUUCAUUCAUUUCAAUCAGAAAAAAUAUAUAGGUCACUUGAGUGAGGAGACUUGAAAACAUUUCAAGGAGUCCAGGCUUUUUUUUGAUGAUUUUGAAGUUUCAUGUCAGAACAUGGCAUACAUGUAGUUUGUGUUACCUUAAAACUUAAAGGCAACUUCAAUAUGUAGUAGCAAUCAUCUUUUCAGAUUUGCCAAUUGUUUCCAUAACACGCAUUUAAUGACUGUAAGAGAUUCUUAAACUUCAAAUUCAGGAAUUAUUGUUAUGCCUUGGAUUGUUUUAAAUAUAGGAUAUGUUAUUUUACAUAUGUGUAUUCUAAUGAGGAAUUUUUCAGAGCUUUAAAGUAUUUUUCAAGAAGUAUUUUUCAAGAUAUGCCAAGAUGCCUUGGAGUUUUCCUUCAUAAUGGAAGAGAUAUCCCAUAGGACACUGUUUAAAACCUUAUCUCAGGGUUUUAAGCGGUAUGUGGGGUUUGUAUUGGCCCUCUAAACUAUGGUAUUCACCAGUGAAUAUUUGUCUUAACAUUAGUCAAACAGUAAGAAGUCCCUUCAUUUAUCACUUCCAUAAAGUUAAAAUUGAAAGUCAUAAAAAAAGAAUAAUUUGAGGUGUAUGCCUUCUAAAUAAAUACAAAACUUUUAUCUGGAACAACAUCUGAUUUCCUUCUGUGUAUGCUAUGUAGGAAAUAUACAUACAGACUUAAAGCAUGGGAUGUCAAACAUACUGAAACAUCUCUAAGGACUUAAUGCAGAAACACAGAUACUAAUACAAAGUUGUAAAUGAGGUAUUUCACAGUCUGUAUUUCAUAUACAUUUUAAACCAAAGAACAAUGACAGCAAAGUAUAUAAACAAGAAUUGCUUGUCAUUGUAUUUACCUCUUCUUGGUUUGCAUGUGUAUUGACUAAAGUUUAGCAGCAGAAACCCCAAAAUUAGAAUUUCAUUUUUUAACGUGGACACCCAGUUGAUGGGAAUAUUUGGCAGAAGCACUUACUAUAUCCUACCUUGAGGAGGUACUGGCAAAAGGAAGUUUCCAAAUAUUUGAAAGCAGUAAACCUUCAGGCAGAAAGUGUGAACAACAGAACUGUUGGGAACUCACACAGGAAGUACCUAGACAUUAUUGUUACUACUUAUGUUAUCAGUUUCUUGGAAGAAGUUUAAUAGACUCUAGGAAUAAUGGUGUGUGACAUAAAAUGUUAAUAAUCGUCUAGUCUUUACUUGCCAUUAAAAUUUGAUUUCAGUGGGGUGUCCUUAUAAUCAAGCUCAACCAUAGAACAAGUUUUUAUUCUAGGUGAUGUGGUGUUAAAUUAUCUACCUUGCCAGCAAUUCACUAACUUGAGCCCAUGUGCUCUCCCAUCCCACACCUCAGUUUUUCUCAAUUGUCUGAUCUGAAAGCAAAUAAAUACACUGCUGCAAGUGGGAACCCACCUCUUUUGGGAAAGCUGUAUGAUUCUGGGAUGAAUCUGGAUAGUAACAUACCUAGGCUAAAUUAGAGCUUUUUUUUGGAAGGGGGUGUUAUUACGCAAUAUUAAUUGUCUCAUGAAAAUUUCUGAACUUUCCUAUCUUUAAAUUUGUACCCAACUGCCUAGAUCUAGCAUCUGUGUUUCUGGGUAACUUGAGUCAUCUAAGGAAAUCUAAACAGAAAAGUACCCUAGUUGACUAAAAGAAAUGAGAGAAAAUGCUUUAAUAAUGAACACCACAUAAUACUUGUUUUAAGAAUGCAAAAUGAUGCUCCUGUUGUGGCUGCAUAUUGUAUAGAAAAGAGGUGCAUCCAGAGCUGAAGGUUAAAAUUGUGCAGAAAUAUUUCUAUUGAUGAUUACAUUACAAUCCCACAAAUGUUUGUGGGAUUUGUUCUCUAAAUUAGAAGAUUUGCCAUAUAUAAAUGUUGCUGAUUUUUACAAGGAAAUUCAAAAUUAAGCAUUUUUCAUUUCAAAAUAAUUAAGUGGCCAUGUGUAAGUGCAUUGUUACUUGAUAUAUAUAUUAACCAAAAGAGUACAGUCUGUAUUUGCAAAGGAGUGUUUUUUUCUAUCUUUAAAGAAAAAAUUUUCUCUGUUAAUUACCAGAUUUAUAUUGACAUAUUCAGAUAUUAAUUACUUUUCUGCUAUUUCUCUUGGCUCUGAAUUUGAGAGGUAGAGUAGUAAAGAGGGUAACAAAAAAUAAAUGAAUUAAUUCCAAACUAGGAAGAAUAACCUAAUGAUUUUUCUGAUUAUUAUUGUUCAGUUGUACUGAGAGUUAGCUGUGGAAAGACUUGCAACUGACACAAGCAUUACAAGAGAUACAGGGGUUUUGAUACAUGGGAAGCAACUGAUUAAUCUGCAUCAAAACUUUAAAAAAUUUACCUGGUAUUAUUACAACUUGGAAACUAUCUACCAUAGGACCAGAAGGAAUACUGGAGAUCAAAUUACUUUUUAAUUCUUUCCUAGGAAGGCACAGGAACGUUGACUCCAGCUAUUCCAUAGUUUUCUGCACGUUUUUCUGUCUAUUUCCAGCUUGAAUUGAAACAACUCAGUAUUAGUAGCCAACAGGAAAGGUAAUUAUUGGGAAACAAAUACUCUAUAGAUACUAUCAAUCUACGACUUGUCAGUAUUUCUUAACUUCAAACCCUUUUUGAAGAUGUCAAUUGAGUUCGGUCCAUUUUCAUCAGUAUUAACAAUCAUAAACAUCUGACACUUUUAGCAAGACACAACCAUUUUCGUUGGAGAAACUGCCAUUGCAAGCCAUAACUUAAAUAUGUACAAUAAAAUAAAUUUGUGCUGGAACCAGUAUCUGCUGAGACUGAGGAACUAAGGAUUAUAUUUAAAAGUUCUGUUAAAAAAAAUAAAUCUGGAUCUUGUCACUUAAUUUGAUAUGGAUGAUCUCUACUAAAAGUUCAUUUCAGAAAGUCAUUCCAGUGUCAAUACCUGUGUAAGGAACAUUUCUACUCCUGUUAUUAAGCAUUUCUUUAGGACUACUUAAAUAUGUCCAGGACAUAGAUAUGUGUUUUAUGUACCAUUCAUGGUCUUACAGGUAUGGUGACUUACUAUAGUAAAUCUCCAUUCCUGCUUGUACUGCAGCAGAUGUACAUUACAUUGUUAAUUUAAUCCUUUUGUUUCUAUUUCCGGAUUUCUGGUGUAACUGUUCUUGUUCAAGGUUACAGCUAGUUGUGGUUUUUCUGUUCUGCAAAAGUUGUGAUAGUUGAGUUUACCUCUGAAAAUAAUCUCAUGAGGAGUCAUUUUUUAAAAUAUCCAUUUUAUGCAUUUAAAAAGAUGAAGCAUCAUUAAACUAUAAAUAACUAAAUACCCAUUUUAGUUUUGAACACUGAAUAGUUGUAGUAUUAUCUGUGGUAUCAGAUUAAAUUUGAUGUUGAGAUUUACUAUUGCAGGUAAAAGAAACGCGUUUAAUCUAACAAUAAAGACUGUGUGCCUUUGUCCAAAUAAAACAAAA